AUGCCUGUAUUCACUGCUUUGUCUGUUGAAGACGAAGUGCAGGAGCGCACAAAACACAUUGAGGAGGCAAGAAAGCGGCGGAUCAUCGAGCUCAGACGAGUAGAGCAAGAGCGGGCCAAGGAGAUGCUUAGCAGGUUUAAGGCGGCCUCGGCUCAGAACCGACAACAGCAGACCCAAUUCAUACAGGAAUUAAGCCUGUAUGAACAGAAAAAGCGCAUUCAACAAGAGCUUCGGGAGAUUGAAGAGCUUCUCCGAACGGCAGAUGCAAACCAAGAGGCUGCUGGGGUGCGAGCACGCGCACAUAGUAUGGCGAGAUUACGAACGAAGGAUACAUACGAACGUCGGCGGUCUGCCCUGGACCGUGGGAACAGUGCUCUGCAGCUACUGCAAGCUCAGAAGCAAAUAGAUACAGAGAUAUUAGAGCGCAAAGAGAAAACCCGUCUGCAAACAAGGCAGGUAGAAGAUAUACGUGCGCGCCAGGCGGUCCUGAUUGCACGAGCGAGAGAGCUAGAGAGAAGAAUAGCCUUAGAAAAGGAUCAGCAUAGUAAGCCGAAGGAGGAUAAACCGUAUGCUAUUGUAGAAGUGACAAAGGACAAUUACAUCCCACUGUUAGCUAAUAGGAAUAAAAGUACAGCGAGAAUACCGGGCUUCCAGGUACUAAGUGACUCUCUAUCAGACGAAAACAACCCAAGUAAUGACCCUGACCAAACCUAUCAUAAGAACGCCUUUCUAGCUGCCGAGGCAACAAAGAACAUGGCCAGAAAGACGGCCAUUGAAAAUGCAGAGAGCAGAGCAAGGGCUGAAAAGGUUGUUCGCGACGAGCUCCGAAAGACCGUGAAAGAAAAAGAGACCGCCAAGGUGGCCGACGAAGCUAUCCGUCUGCUUUACACGCUCAGUAAAUAG